AUGGUGCCUCCAAUGGCACCUCAAUCUGCUCCCCCCUUAAAUCGAAGUUCAACACUACCUAAUACCUCUUCUGCCCGAAUCACACCACAUGAAAGAUCAUAUCUUGCGCCAGAAGAUGCCAUAUUUCAACCCUCACCACCUCGUAAACCACCGGCGACUGCCAACCAAUUGCGUAUGACAAAUGGAGAUGCUGGGAGAUUGAGAAGUAGAGGAAGACAUAAUGAAAGAACGAAAAGUAGCCAUAGAAGACAAAAGGCCACUUGGAAGAAACUGUUAUGGGUGAAGCAAUCUUAUCCUGACAACUACACGGAUCAAGACACCUUUCUCGAACAUCUUCAGAGAAAUCCCCGUCUUCAGCCUUAUGAUUUCUGGCCAUUGGUAGCAGACUCGACGGUUAUAGUUCAACAUGUUUGCUCUGUCAUAAUAUUCGUCGUUUCUUUCGUUGGGAUAUAUCAAGAACAUGUUUCCCCCGUCUCUGUGGUUGGAUGGGGAUCUAUAGCUACCUUUCUAGGUUGGUUAUUAUGGGACCUAUGGGUGGGACGAGAAGAAUAUACUCGUCCAGCAUUUCCACCUCCGCAGGCUUUUCCGCACAAUAUAUCUGCAACAAGUUCAACACCAAAUCUAUUGGCAACUGCUGCAACUGCUGCAAAUGGGCCAAAACAUGCCUUUUCAGUCUCAACAUCAUCUCUUCAAUCCACGGCCUCGAAUCAAACCCAAUCACCUCCAACGCGGCCAAUUUAUACACCACAUAAUCCACCGUUUUCACAUCGUACUUCACUUCGCCUGUCAACUGCCAAAUCGGCGGUCUUAAUAUAUUUUGUCCUCCUAGGUCUUUCUCCUAUUCUUAAGUCUCUCACGAGAUCUACUUCAUCGGAUUCAAUCUGGGCAAUGUCAUUUCUGCUAUUUACGAUAAACAUAUUCUUCUUCGACUACGCUACCCCAUCCCCCUCUUACUCAUCGAGCUACUCACCCUCGAAUACGAAAAACAAAAACAUCCCUGCCAGUCUUAGUACAAAUGCUGCUCUAAUGGCCUCUACAGUUCUCGCUUCCCGCCUUCCUAGUACAGGACAAGUCUUUAGCCUGACGCUUUUCUCCAUAGAAGUUUUUGGACUCUUUCCUGUUUUCCGUCGUUAUACUCGGUUACACUCUCUACGUGGUCAUCUAAUCCUCACCCUACUGCUUGUUUUCGGCGCGGGCGGCGGUGUAGGAUUAGUACUGCCACAAUCGGGACGUUCGGCUUGGGAUUGGAAAAGUGGAUUAAUUGGCGUUGUAUUAGGGACUUUAAUAACGGGAUUGGCCAUGGGUGGGUGUAGUUGGUGGUUAAUUGGGCUGCAGAAAUAUAAAAAUGAGAUCCAUGGGCCAUGGGAUCCAGCGAGACCGGUUAUUAGAAGAGCCUGGGAUGAUUAUUAG